CAACUACAAGAAUUGAUGCCACUAAAUCCUACAUACUUUAAACCCUAAACUACAGCCAGCAGCUGGUUAGCUUAGCACAAUGACUGGAAACAGGGGAACGGCUAGCAUUGGCCUAAACUUUAUGGGGAGUUAUAUGAGGAACUGCAGUGCAAGGACUGGAGUUUCUGCUGGUCAUCCUGUUUUGUUCAGUUCAGUUUUUCUACAUAUCAAAUAAAGAUAUAUGUGAUAUGAUAUAUGUUGUUAAAUAGUGAGCUUUACUGUGCUGGGUGGACUGGUUACCCUUGGACAGAGUCAGGCUAGCUGUUUCCCCCUGAACAAUGACCUUCUCCUGGCUGUAGCUUCAUAUUAACUCUCAGAGAGGAGCUGGGGGGGCUUGAAACAUUUUUUUGCCCCGGUCUGCCAAACAAAUGAAUCUGGCCCUGCUAAUCUGAGACAUUCAGUGUCAACUAUGUGUCAUUUGGAAAGUAGGCAAUACCAUUCUAAAAUAGAGUAAAGUAAAUAUACAUUUUUGUGACCUAACACUGUCAAACUAGGCAACAUAUUUUUCUUCCAAUAGAAAAGAUCAGUAAAAAGUCAUUGUGGGACAUGUAGUACAGUAGAUGUAUCCUGAUUAAUACAAUCGAAUGCAUAUUAUACCGAACCACCUGCAGCUGUGCAUGUGCAGCCAGGACACAUACAUGUCAGUGUUUAUAGACCUGCAGCCUGCGGCGGUGUCUCCCUAAACUCUGUCGUCACCACCCAGUCACGACUAGUGCGCGUAGCGUGUAGAUGCCAUGAUCAUGUUCCUCCUCCUCCUCCUCCUCCUCAUCUAUCAGAUACACUAGGGGUGUUUUCCUUUACAUGCAACGGCCAUGCAAUAAAACGCGAAAGAGUCCUCCGUGCAGCGAGGUCUUUCAGCCCCAUCACCACCACCUGGAGUAUUUGCGCACACCAGCAUGCAAGCGGCGGGCACCGGAGCAACUGACACCGACGCUACUGUAAACAGUAGCAGCAGCACCGCAGACGUCGACGACAGCGACGGGGCAGGGGAGAGGAUGGAGAGGACGGUGCCAAGCGAGCAGCAGGACAGGACCAACAACCAGCAGCAGCAGCAACAGCCGAAAACGUCCUUAUCGCCGUCCUCAGUGCUCGAUAAAUUGUUUGGGAAGCGCUUUCUGCAGGCCAGACACUACAUUAUGUCUCGGAAGUCCUGGCUGAAGAUGGUGCCCACCGAAAACUGUGACAUCCUGAUGACAUUCCCAGAUACAAUAGAUGACCACACUCUGCUGUGGCUCCUGAAUCAGAUUCGUGUUGGAAUCCCUCAAGUCAGCAUUCAAGUUCGACAGCAUAAGCACACCCAGACACACGCCUUCUUCAUCACGACAACGUUUGAGAACUUACUGCGUGGAGCGGAGCAGAUGGGCAUGCACAAGGCCGUCAAACCGCAGUUUGGUGGCGGGAUGCGGCGCUUUUCCUGUGAGGAAGACAACAUCUAUGAAAACAUAGAGAGCGAGCUUUGCUUUUUUACCUCACAGGAGCGUCAGAGCAUUAUAAAGUAUUGGCUGGACAACCUGCGAGCCAAACAGGGGGAGGUGCUUCACAACAUUCACUUCCUGGAGGGACAGCCAAUCAUUCCAGAGCUGGUGGCUCGGGGUGUGAUCCAACAAAUGUUUCCUCUCCACGAGCAGAGGAUCCUCAACCAGCUGAUGACAUCUUGGGUCCAGGCUGUGUGUGAGAGGCAGCCCCUGGAUGACAUCUGUGACUACUUUGGAGUGAAGAUCGGCAUGUAUUUUGCCUGGCUGGGUUUCUACACAAACUCAAUGCUUUACCCUGCUGUCAUUGGCUUUCUGCUCUGGAUACUCGCAGAGGCUGACCAGACCAGUCAGGAUAUCUGCUGUGUGGUAUUUGCCCUCUUCAAUGUUGUGUGGGCGACGUUGUUUCUGGAGCGCUGGAAGAGGCGAGAGGCGGAGCUGGCCUACAGGUGGGGCACCCUGGACACCCCCACCGAGUCCUUGGAGGAGCCCAGGCCCCAGUUCAGGGGAGUGAAGCGCUGCAGUCCUAUAACGGGCUGUGAGGAGUUCUACUACCCGCCCUGGAAGAGAGCUCUGUUCAGAUGGCUGGUCAGCCUGCCCAUCUGCCUCCUCUGUCUCUGUUUUGUCUUCCUUGCUAUGCUCCUCUGCCUGGAACUGCAGGAAGUGGUGAUGGAGAUCCAGGAGCUACCUGGUAUCACAAGAUUCAUUCCUAAGAUACUUCUGGCCGUUACUGUAACUGUAUGUGAUGAGGUGUAUAAGAAGAUUGCCUACUGGCUUAAUGACAUGGAGAAUUACAGACUUCAGAGUGCCUAUGAGAAUAAUCUCAUCAUCAAGAUGGUUUUUUUUGAAUUCAUUAAUUCGUACCUUAGCCUUUUUUACAUCGGAUUCUACCUCAAGGACAUGGAGCGACUUAAGGAGAUGUUAGCCACUCUACUGAUCUUCCGCCAGUUCCUGCAAAACAUCAAAGAGGUCCUCCAGCCUUAUCUCUAUGAGCAGAACAAGCUGGGUGUCUUCACCCCGAAGGUGCUGUGGGAACUGCUCCAAGCCAUCAUGCUCAAGUAUGGCCGUCUCGCUCUGGGAAAGGCCCAAGCUUCAAUGACAGCCUAUUCCUUCCUGGGUCCCAGAGGGAUCCCUGUCAGUCACACCGCUAACGGAAACCCAGAGCCAAGGAGAAGAGGGGAUCUGAAAGCCGGAUUCAGGCUGACAGAGGAAGAGUGGGACAUGAAUGACAGCAAUCUGAAGCAACGUAAAGUCAGCUUCACAGAGAAGGUCGACUACCAGGACGUCACGACAGAAACGCAGACGGUGUACGAGAGCUCCCUCGAGGACAGUCCCACAAUGGUAGAGGAAGGGAUGGAUCGGUCCAGUAUUUUUGACAGUUGUGAUGAGGACAGUGAUUGUGAAUCACUGGCUCAAGAAUCUGACUCUCUCUGUCAGAGAAGAAAGAAUGCAGGUGAGGGGAAAGAGGAUAAGAAGUCAUGGAUUGAUCCACCAGAAGAACCCAAAACUGUCACUCUCACCCAGGCUGAGAUUGAGAGCUGUAUGCAGACAUAUGAGGACACGCUUCAGGACUACCAGGAAAUGUUCAUUCAGUUUGGCUAUGUGGUGCUCUUCUCCUCUGCGUUUCCCCUGGCGGCCAUGUGCGCUCUUAUCAACAACAUCAUUGAGAUCCGUAGCGAUGCCCUGAAGCUCUGUACCGGCCUGCAGAGACCCUUUGGACAGAGGGUGGAGAACAUCGGACAAUGGCAGACUGCAAUGGAGGCCAUGGGCUUGAUAGCCAUUAUAGUUAACUGUUACCUGAUUGGUCAGUGUGGGCAGCUCCAGCGUCUGUUCCCCUGGUUGAGUCCUGAGAUGACCAUCAUCUCAAUUGUCUUACUGGAGCACUUUGCAAUCCUCCUAAAGUACAUCAUCCAUGUUGCCAUACCUGAUAUCCCUGGCUGGGUAGCAGAAGAAAUGGCCAAGCUAGAGUACCGACGAAGGGAAGCUUUCAAGAAGCAUGAGCAACAGGCCCAGCAGCACUUCCAACAGCAGCUCAGACGCAGACGUGAAGAGGAGGAGCUUCAUCGUCAGGCUGAGCUGCAGGCUGAGGCCCGUCAGGACAGCGACUACCACAAAGCGGACUCCCAGCACCAGCACCACCACGACAAAACACCAGGGGGCAAGCAAGGGGACAAGCCCAAGAGACCCAGCUCUCUGCUGGGAAACAACAAUGUGAUGAAGCUGAAGCAGAUCAUCCCUCUCCAGGGAAAGUUCUCGUCCGGCACCUCGCGUUCACCAGCCCAGUCCCCCACAGGAGGGGAGGCAAAGCUCCCGGGAUUUCUGAAGUUCUUGAAGUCACCUGAGGUGAAAAAGGAGCCAGCAGUGGCAGUGGGAGCAACGCCAGGGUCAACAGUGACCUCCUCAGUACCCCCUAGUGGCCAGGAGAGGUCACAGUCCCCCAACAGGACAUUUAGUCCCGGGAAGCUGUUCAGUUUUAGCAAAUCAGAGGGGACUGUGGUGUGUGUGAAUGGGACACAACCAGCGACCCAGCCUGCUAACCCUCAGCCCAACAGGGCUGACUUAAAUACAACCCUGGAAGAAUUACCCUCUAAUGAGUCAGAUAAAGGCGAAUCAAGACAAUUGAGUGAUUUAGAAAACUCUGGCUCAAAGAGUUAAUAAAUAUUCUACCAUACCAAUGUAAUAAUGGAGAGCAAUGUACAGAUGUUCAGGCAACACACCUGCACUGUAAGAGAACACCUUAGUCACCAGGACCACAUGUAGGGUCAGCGAGCGUUAACUUUCACUCUAGAUGCAACUUACUUCGCACAAAGUAUUAUACUGUAUCUAUUAACACUUGAUUAUCUAGCUUCCAUGUAAAAUAUGUACAGUAAGUGUAACUCCUUGAAUGGGGCUCGAGUAACCUUUACUUAAGGUUCAAAUACUGCAUGAUUGCCUGGAUUUCAACAGCACCAGAACAGAUUUUCAGGACCUGAUCAUCAAUGAGCCCUUUUGUCAAAGGACAUAAACAGCAGCUUCCCAUUCCACAUUUGUUUCUCAUUCUGAUGCCUGUAUUAAAUGCAUGUUGCGUAAAGUGCAUGCAUUACAUGUCCAUCAUGUCUUUUCAGUUGUGAACCACCUUCAAAGCCAUUUUAUUCUUCCGCAAUAGGUCAGAUUAUAUUCACUGUGACCAUAAAAAAUAUUCUAUUUUUCUUAACUUUGAUUUUCUAUGAAUUAUUUUACUACAUAAAUUAGUGAAUGUACUUCUAUAAUGCAAAUAAAUCUCACUUAAAUAAACAUCCAUAAAGAGUUAACGCAUUGGCUGAUUUUGUUAACAGUAAAUACAUAUAACUGUACGGAAACAGGACAUAUGUAAACUUAAUUUUUAAGGAAAGUAGUAAGACUUAAAUUCAGAACAGGACAUAUAUACUCUAUCAAGGAUAUCUUUGCUAGAAGAUAAUUUCCAAUUCAGUGUCAUUACUAUUGCCCAAUACACAUCUCCACUAUUGGGAUCUAAAAUAAAUACUUAAUGAAGGAGGGGAUGUUUUUCAGUGUUGCUGUUUACUAUGAGUUACAGCCUUUACUGUAUGUCAUAGUGUAAUCUAUACAAGAACAAGAUCUAAAAUUGACAACAAUACAUUUAUACAGUAAACUCAAAGCAAAGCAUGAAACAAAAACCACAUUCCAAACUUAAUCCAACGAUGUAAUACAAGCCAUAUGACAAAAGUAGAAUUAGCACUCUUCUAUGGAGAGUUGGGAAACUAAAACACUGCAUUUCUCUGGUUUAAACUCAUACAGAGGGAACUUACAGUCAGUGUGUAUCCUACUUGUUUUGACUUACAUAAAUCACCCUAGCUGAACAUAUACUCCAUAACCUUUCAACAGCGAUCUGUUACAAAAAGUUACAAAUGUCAUUAAUAGACUCAACUGUCUUUUGU